ACCUCUUUCUCUAUUAACUCUUUUUUUUUUCAUCUCGAUAAAAUGACAAGCACCGAAUUCAGUAGUCCCUUAAGAAAGUACAAGCUUGUUUUCCUUGGUGAACAAAGUGUUGGCAAGACCUCACUUAUUACCCGUUUUAUGUACGACACCUUUGAUAAUACAUACCAGGCUACAAUCGGUAUUGAUUUCUUGUCGAAAACCAUGUAUUUGGAAGAUAAAACGGUGCGUCUGCAAUUGUGGGACACGGCUGGACAGGAACGUUUCCGUAGUUUGAUUCCCAGUUACAUCCGAGACUCGUCGGUUGCUGUAAUUGUCUAUGAUAUAUCUAAUCGUCAGUCCUUUAUGAAUACGUCCAAGUGGAUCGAUGAUGUGAGAGCAGAAAGAGGAGAUGAUGUGAUCAUUGUACUUGUUGGCAACAAAUCCGACCUGAGUGACAAGAGAGAGGUUACGGUCGAAGAUGCCGAGAAGCGAUCCAAGGAAUUGAAUGUGAUGUUUAUUGAAACCAGUGCUAAAGCAGGACAUAAUGUCAAGUCGUUAUUUAGAAAGAUUGCUCAGUCAUUGCCUGGCAUCGAUGGUAAUGGUCCUAACGAUCACAGGGAUCAAAUGCAAAAGAUAAAUCUUAAUACCACCGAGACAGAAGCAAGUUCAUGUGCAUGUUAAAAAAAAAAAAUUACUUAUCUUUAAUCUACCGUUAAUCUUUUUUUUUUCUGGGCUUAUCAAUAAAGUAACCUAAUAAAUCCCGCCUUUUUUUUUCUUUUGA